CAUAGCCAAUCGCAGACUUUGGAGGUUUUCUUGAAACGAAAGGUUCCGGAUACCUCGUAUCGCUAUAAAACUGCCUGUUUUAGUUUUGUGAAAAAUAUGUAGAUCUGGGGAAAUCAAUGCUGGUUUAGAGUCCGUUUACAUUGUUUGUGUGUGUUGCAGAGAAAAUACACCGGCUAGCUAGCUAAGCUAAACGUUAGCCCCGUCGUUACCGUAGUGUGUCCACUCAUCCACAAGUUCCUUUCUAUGUGUCAAAGCGACUUUGACCGAUGGAGGCCACUCCUAAAGCAGCCAAAUCACAACCAUGGGAGUCUUCACCCUGCAAUUCGGUGGAUUCCAGCCCCUGUGAAUACAAAGGAGAAAGGCAUCACCAAAAGCUGAGCUCGUCACUGAAGGAGAGGCUGAAGAGAUCGAGGCGUUCUUUCACCUCGCCUUUCUCUGUGGCCAAACGCCUUUGUGUUCAUGACUUGGAAGCAGAUGGGCAACAGGUUUCAGCAGAUCCCCAGGAGACGGUUAAUAGCCAUCCGCUCGUCAUGCGCAGUGUUGAUGUAAACAGACAUGAAGGCAGAUCAGGGAGUGAAAGGUUGUCUGGACCCAUUCCUGAAGCAACACAUCCGCCUGCAAAAGACCUCAUGCAACUACGAGAUCAGCUCAGGAAGGAGGUGAAAGAUAAGACGGAGACUGUGCGCAGACUCAAGAUGGUCAAAAUGUACAGAAGCAAGAACGAUUUAACACAGCUUCAAAACCUAAUUGGCAAGUGGCGAAGUUGUGCUCAGGCUGCACUGUAUGAGCUGCAGUCAAACGUCCCCAUCGAGGGCAGAAAGGCCAGCGUGUCUGAGAUCAUUGACCUCUUUGGUCUGGAGGACAGCAUCCUGCACUUUAACCGCACAGAAGAGGACUUCACUAUUUAAUGGGAAAUUAAAUGAAACCCGUCAUCAGUAUACAGAAAUACCACAGGGGAAUAAUUUCAGAUUUCCUCAGUUGGUUGUUUUAUUUUUUGCUGCUAUGUUUUUUUGUUCACCAAGUUGUAAGUUUUCUGUGCAACUUAAGUUAAAAUAAAAUGUUAUUUUUGAAAGCUCA